ACUUACAGACUAGUGCAGUAAGAAAUAUGUUUUCUGUCAUGACCAGGACACACAGUGUUGGGAGGCCUGUAUAGUUUUCCUGCUGGUAUAUCAUUUGAUGAGCUCAAUAAAAUUGACAGAUUCACCUCAGGGCGGGUGUGUGUGUGUGUGUGUGUGUGUGUGUGAAAACAGUAAUGUUUUAGUAAUUUUGCUUUUUAAACCCAAACUUGCUAAUGCAAAGGGAAGUGUCUAAUAUGGACAGAAUUCUUAAUCACUUAACCACAAGAAGGCAACACACAGAGAAUAUUGUCUUUAUUGAAACCACUCAUGGCCUAGUUUUACAUCUAGUGAUAAAAGAUGGAUAAACACAUUUUUUUCCCCCAUGUAUUCAUUGAGUAGGCAGGAAGAGCUGGGAGAAGAGCUCUCCAUAUCCCGGCCUGGGUAGAGUGCUCCACAGUGCUCCGAUGAAGGACCGGACCCUCCUGUCAUUCUUGGAAAGAACCUAGUUUCUCUCUUUUGGCCUGUCAGCUGCGUCAGAAAAUGAGGGAGCGGUGCUGUCCCUGAGGUCAGCCUGAGCACAAAGAGAAGGUCCCUUGAUACCCAUCUGGAAGCCACCCUAAGGUCCAUGGCUAAGCCCUGGACACCGGUUGCGCCUUACCCAAGAUUCCACGCUUCUCUCGCGGUCAGUUCUUGAUGGAUUUCACUCCUGGAUGCUGGCGACUCCUGGGCAGGAGACAUGGCUCCAAUCAGGCUGGGGUUUGGAAACCAGGAUCUGUGUCUGCUCAAGAGAAGGAGUUUCCUGCUAUUGAAACUCACAGCUGUUGUCUUUGCCACGCUUCUAUUUUGUGAAUUUUUAAUCUAUUAUUUGGUGAUCUUUCGGUGUGAUUGGCCUGAGGUGAAAACUCUGGCUCAUGACAGUGGACAAAAGACUCUGAGAGCCAUGUUUUUGGCUGAUACCCACUUGCUUGGGGAAGUACGAGGCCAUUGGCUAGACAAAUUACGAAGGGAAUGGCAAAUGGAGAGAGCUUUCCAGACGGCUCUGUGGUUGUUGCAGCCUGAAGUUGUCUUCAUUCUAGGGGACGUCUUUGAUGAAGGGAAGUGGAGUUCCCCCCAGGCCUGGGCAGAUGAUGUGCAGCGAUUUCGGAAAAUAUUCAGACACCCACGUCAUGUGCAGCUGAAGGUGGUUGCUGGCAACCAUGACAUUGGCUUCCACUAUCAGAUGAGCACAUACAAAAUAAAACGAUUUGAGAAAGUUUUCAACCCCAAAAGGCUGUUUUCUUGGAAGGGAACGAAUUUCGUGAUGGUCAACAGCGUUGCCCUGGAAGGGGACGGCUGCCACAUCUGCUCCAAAGCGGAAGCUGAACUCCUAGAAAUUUCUCACCAACUGAAUUGCUCCCGUGAGCAGGAACGUGGCUCCGGCCCCUGCCGAGAUGUGCCGCUGCUGCCCGCGUCCGCCCCGGUGCUCCUGCAGCAUUUCCCGCUUUACCGGAGGAGCGAUGCUAAUUGUUCUGGGGAGGACGCUGCGCCUCUGGAAGAGCGGGGCAUCCCCUUUAAGGAGCGGUACGACGUGCUUUCCCGGGAGGCCUCUCAGCAGCUACUUUGGUGGCUGCGGCCACGUCUCAUCCUGAGUGGCCACACGCACAGUGCCUGCGAGGUGCUCCACGGGGCGGGAAUCCCCGAGAUCAGCGUGCCCUCUUUCAGUUGGAGGAACAGAAACAACCCCAGCUUCAUCAUGGGCAGUAUGACGCCCACAGAGUACGCCCUUGCCAAGUGCUACCUGCCUCACGAGGCUACCGUUCUGGCCACAUACUGUGUAGCAGCUGGGCUCCUGGCGGUCCUCCUGUUAGUCCACUCCAGACUUCUACCCUCACCUUUCCUUUUGGGCUGGAACCUGCUCAGAAAAUUUAAGACAACGUAAAGAGCAGGAGACUUGUUAAUUUCGUCAUAAGUAACAAAGCCAAAGAAACUGGACCUUGGGCAGGGCUCACGGGAGAUGAGGUCAGAGGAGGCGGUCUUUAUACACAUCACGGAAACUGUUAAUCACUGAUGCAAAUUCCUGCAGAAUAAAUAGUUGAUGGUACUGUUCUCAUGCUAUAAAAAUGGAACGUGUACUCUACAACAAGUCUUGUCUCAUUUUAUCAAAUAUAUGUAUAAUCAAAGAUCGUGUCUGUACAAUAUGUAAAAGCUAUUAAAGUCAUCACUUGCAUGCACUAGGCUGUCCUACCUUCCCCAGGAUGGAGCCGGUGGCCCGGGAACACACUCGGGGUUGUGUGUGCACAAACACUGGGUUUGCUUCUGUCCCCUUACGAAGUGGUCCACAAACUCCUAUUAUAUAUGAUAAAGCUGUACACUUAAAAUAAUAAAAGUACAGAUGUCACAAGCAGGAA